AUGGAGAUUCUUCCCGGUCCUAGUUCUUAUUAUGAGAGCCUCAAGAGGUAUUGGAGGAGAAGAAAGUACCAUAGGCUUGAUGGAGCACGAUACGGCUCCAUCAGAAGGAAGCUGAAGAUCACACGGCUCGGAGGUACAACAGGGCACCGUCCAAUCCGUCGGGAGUACUCUAAGGUUAGGACAGCGCCGAAGCUGAGGUUGAAGAUACUGUCGCCAGUUAACCUUCUUGCUAAGUUUCACGAGGCGUACACGGAGCUCAUGAUCAGGCUGGCCAUGGGCAUGGACCGAUCGGACAGUUCGAGUGUCAUUGGAGGAAAUAAUAAGAUCAAGAAGGGGCAGCAGGUUUCUCUUGUGUCCACCGGUGAGGAGGUUGACAGCAAACUGGCCAUGGAGAUUUACAAGAAGUUUGCUGCCUCAAGACAAUUGGCUGCAUAA